UAAAAAUUCCAAACUAUGUUGUAAUCUUGUGUUGAAAUAAAAAGUUUAGCGUGCAUCUUGAGACCAGUUCAUCUGCAUUGCACGGAUGAUGCACAACAGAAAGAAACUUAUUUCGAGCUCCUCCCACUGGAUAUAUAUAUAAUCAGACGCGCCUAUGUUUCAUCUCAUAUCCGCGCACAAGCUUUGCCGUGUAAAAUGGCAUCCGAGGGUUUUACCGAGGUGGACUUCACUUGUCCCGUGUGCUUCGACUUUUUCGUGAACCCCGUGGUUCUGACCUGCAGCCACAGCAUCUGCUCGGCCUGCAUCCAGGCGUUUUGGGAAAGCAAAGGCGUCAAGGAAUGUCCCAUGUGCAGAGAAACAUCGGCGGCGGACGAUCCGCCCUUAAAUCUGGCUUUGAAGAACCUGUGCGAGACCUUCCAGCAGGACCGGAGCCAGAGAGGUUCAUCGGGAGGAGGCCAAGCCGUCUGCGGCGCUCAUAAGGAGAAGCUGAAGCUCUUCUGUCUGGACGACCAGCAGGCCGUGUGUCUGGUGUGUCGAGACUCCAAACUACACACCGACCACCGCUUCUGUCCCAUGGAUGAAGCCGUCCACAAUAACAAGGAGAAACUCAAAGCCGUAGUGGAACAAUUACGGGAGAAGAUGGGAAUAUUUGAGAAUUUUAAACAGACGCUGGAGCAGACCACUGACAUUAAUAAGCAUCAGACUCAGGAAACGGAGGAGAAGAUCAACAAGGAGUUUGAGGAACUUCGUGAGAUUCUGCGCAAUGAAGAAAUGGCCAGAAUAACAGUGCUGAGAGAGGAUGAGAAGCAGAAGAGCGAGAUGAUAAAGGAGAAGACUAAGAACACCAGCAAACAGAUCAUAUUUCUCAGAUGUGCACUCAGAGACGUAGAGAAGCAGAUGAACGCUGAAGAUGAUUCAUUCCUGCAGAACUUUAAGGGCACAUUGCAGAGAGCUCAGGUCAGUCUGCCGGAUCCGGGGAAUGUUUCACAUUUGCUCGUCGAUGCUCAAGAAUACCUGAGCGACCUGAGGCCGACUGUGCUUCAGAAGAUUGACGGCUCCAGGGGGGAACCCGAUGUAAGAGGGGCCCCCGGUAUCAGACGGGGCCACGGCUCCAAAGGGGGGCCCAGUGUCAGGGGGGACCCCACUUCCAGAGGGGGUUUCAGGGGGGACCACACUUCCCGAGGGGGCCCCGGUAAUAGAGGGGACCACAACUUCAGGGGAGGCCGUAACUUUAAGGAGGACUCUAAUAAUAGAGGGCACUCCAAUUUCAGGGGGGACCCUUGUUUUAAAGAGGACCCCACUUCCAGAGGGGGACACAAUUUUAGAGGGAGCCACAAUCCCGGAGGGGACCCCGGUUUCAGGGGAGGCCACAGUUUUAAGGGAAAUGCCAGUUUCCUAGGGGACCACAGGGGUCCUGGGGGAGCACAUAGAUUCAGAGGGGGCCGGAAUUAUAGAGGGGCCCACAAUAACGAGGGGGCCGAGGAAUUCCUGGACAACCCCUAAUGAAGGAUAAGUUCAGCUUAGCAAGCUAUACCCUCCACAAUAAAACUAUUAAAACGACUACAACGUGUUAUAUUAAAAUACGUAUUUUUAUUUUAUAUUCUUAAAAUCCAGGUUAAGGUUGCAUUUUUAUUUUUAUGUAGAAACUACUAGUAAAUCGGAGAAGUUAUCGGGUACAAAGUGACCUCUAACGCUAUUUGUUAUGUAUACACUUUUCUCACCCCCACUUCUCUACGUCACAGAGUGGGUUUAUUUACAUAACUCCGCCCACAAAGAAAGAAGGUGGGGCUAUUAUUCUGUCUGUAGUGUUGCUGCGGGCGCCAUGUUCUGGAGACGCUGUGUUUCUCGGUGAAAGUCAUUACUUUAUUAACUCUAAAUCAGCGACGCUGUUCAGAGCAGUCGAACAGAAACAUUAGAGUGUGUUCAGAGCGUGUACGGAGAACUGAACCCGACGGAGCGGUAGACUAUAAAGUGAGUCAGGAACCGUCUGCUGCUUCUGACUCACAACCUACUUUUUGUUAUUAAAAGACCCUGCUACUAACUAUUCAGUCAUGAGUUCUGAACAGUGAAGAAUACAGAUCAGAUCAGAUCAUGCACACAUAGUGUUACGUUUAUGAGAUGCGUUUAAUUGCAUGCAUUUAAUAAAUCGCAAGCUGUGUUUGUUAACGUUAAUGCACUGGGCUAACACGAAUAAACAACGGACAGCUGUAUUUCUAACGUUAACAAAGAUUCAGGUUAAUGCAUUAAACGGUGAUACAGUUAAUACAUUCACAAAUGUUAACAAACGGCACCUUAUUGUAAAGUUACCAUAGUUUUUUCAACGCUGAUGGAUAGUUUGUUGAAAACCGACAAAGGAUUAAUGCUGAUGAAUGGAAUUAACAUUCACAGAGAAGACAGAACAGAAGUAUAGAAACAUACUUCUAUAAAACUUACUUUUAAAACAGGUUUUUUUUUUUUUACUACAUUAAGAUAUCAUUUAUUCUUCUUAUUAUUUUUCUUUUUUUGUGCAGAGACAGAGGAGUCAAGGUUGUUCAGUGCUAGUGCACGGAGUUGAAUUAUUUCUAUAUAAUAUUAAAUAGGAAUAAUUUUCCAAAGCCGCUGCGUGAUAUCGCUGCUUCCUCGAAUCGAAUAUCCAAAUUAAUAGUUAAUCGACACCCGAGAUCGGUUUUUAAUUAUGAAUAUUGCCUAAAUCUAAGCAUGGCUUGUAACUGGAGUCAGAUUGAACUCGGAGUCAGACGAAAAUGUAAACGAAAUUCUGAUAAAUUCUGCUAAAAGCUAAAGUAAAAGAUUAAAUGCCGCUGGAUUCUGUUCUUUGGGCCUUUUUAGGAGUGUGCCAUAUAAAAAUAGCAACUUUUGUGGUUGAACUACAUUUUAGAAAUGCUAAAACGUCUAACUAAUUGAAAUGAAAUGAAUCAGAAGCAGUUCGUCUCAUUAGAAGUCAGCGUACCAUAGAAAUGACUUUGAAACAGGUAUUAAAAGGUUAAAAAAAAAACGUAUGCAGCUGCUUUAACAACAGUGCAUAGGGCCUUAAUUCAGUGCCUGACAUUUUUAGGGCAUCACAUUUUUUUUUUAAUUUUAUUUUUAUGUACUUUAAGUUUACUUCAAUUUUGAAAUAAAUUAAUUCAUAUUUUUUUAUAAUUAGGAAUUUAAUAACAUUUAAUUAAAAUAAUAGGAGCAAAUGAAAUGUUUUAUUUUUUUAAGGAAUUCUGUUUUAUUUUUUAUUUUUUUAUCUUAUAUUUUUCUGAUUUAAUAAAUGUCAUCAAAAACAGGGAUAAUCAAUAACUUGUAUUUUCUUAUUUACAGUUUACUGUUUUUAUGUAUGAAUAAAAACACGAAUAUUUUAGUACUUUUGUAAAAUUUGCAAGAUGCAUUUUUAUGUCAAACCUGUUAUUACUUCAUUUAAAAAAGUAGGUUGUGUUUUUUACUUUUUAUUCUUUUUACUUUCAUAUGUUUAACAUUCUUUCUUCAUCUUAGUUAUGUUGACUACGCUGACAGUAAACCAGCUCAGAUGUUGCUCGGGUUGUUUUAGUUUUUCUUUAAUAUGCAAACAUACUAAAACUAGAUUCAUUUAGCCAUAAAAUGUUCUUUUCAUUUAGCUUUUAUUCUUCAAUAAGUGGCAAUAAUCAAGUUUUGUAAGCCACCAUUUAUAGCAUAUGUUCUGUAAUGAGCCGACUAUAGCCAACUAUAUAAAAAUCAUAUAACCUUCAUCUUACAAACACACAAUAAAGAAACAAUAAUCAGCUACA